AUGGACAAAACUCCUCAUCUAUGGAAACCAAACAAGGAUCCUUUCAUCUCGCUUGGAGUUUUAAGCUGUUCUCCACUUGAUGAACUUUGUGGGUUUAAGUUCAAAUCAAGAGGCGCAAAAGGGCAUACUGAUUUUCAGAAGACUAUUGGGGACACGCAGCAGCAAUGGCCUAAGCUCAGCUCUUUGACUAAGUUGAAAUCACCCCUCAAUAAAGACUUAUCAGUAAACUUGAGCACCCUGGGAAUCCACAAGACUGUAACAAGUAAAACUCAUGACAAAAUUCUCAACAAAAAGGCCAUACCAUCAAAUAACCCCAAAGAUAUUUCUGAUAAGAAUGACAAGACUAAUCUAUUUGCCAUGAAUGAUUCAGUGGACUCCAUUAAGAGCGCCAUGACCAAACCCAGCACUUUCUUUCACAAUCUCAUCAAGCCCUUCAAAUUCAGUUCCAGUAAAGAGGAACAAAGCGAAGACGAUAUACAGAACUUAGCUGCACAGGAGAACAAGAUCUUCCCCUACGAAACAUUGGUUGCUGCUACAAACCAAUUUGACAUUCUUAACAAGCUUGGUGAGGGAGGAUUUGGACCCGUUUAUAAGCUAAAGGGGAAACUGAGUGACGGUAGAGAGAUUGCGGUGAAGAAGUUAUCGCGUAGAUCGAAUCAAGGGAAGACGCAGUUCAUAAACGAGGCGAAGUUGUUAGGUCGUGUGCAGCACCGAAAUGUGGUGAAUCUGAUCGGUUACUGCGCCCAUGCCUCCGAGAAGCUUCUUGUUUACGAGUAUGUCCCUCGCAAGAGCCUCGACAAGCUUCUCUUCGAAUCGGGGAAGAAAAAGGAGCUAGAUUGGAAACGGAGAUUUGACAUAAUCAGUGGGGUGGCAAGGGGUUUGCUUUAUCUUCACGAAGACUCUCACAACUGCAUAAUCCAUCGCGACAUAAAGGCCAGUAACAUCUUACUCGAUCAAAAAUGGGUGCCCAAGAUAGCUGAUUUUGGCCUCGCACGACUCUUCCCGGAAGACCAAACCCACGUCAAUACACGUGUGGCUGGAACCAAUGGGUAUUUGGCUCCAGAAUAUUUAAUGCACGGACAUUUGUCUGUGAAGGCAGACGUAUUUAGCUACGGAGUUUUGGUGUUGGAAUUGGUCACUGGCCACCGAAAUUCAUCCUUUGAUACCGACGCCACUGCGCAAAAUCUCCUCGACUGGGCAUACAGGCUAUACAAGAAAGGAAGGGCAUUGGAAAUGGUGGACCCUGCAUUGGGCUCUUCAGUGAUAACUGAACAGGUAGAAAUGUGCAUUAAACUGGGUCUGUUGUGCACUCAAGGUGAUCCAAACCUACGUCCAACCAUGGGGCGUGUGGUGGUAAUGCUGUCAAAGAAAACAAGCCACACGGAAGAACCAACAAGACCAGGAAUGCCUGGUUCCAGAUACAGAAGAGUGCCUCGCAGACCCUCUGCAAUGUUUUCUUCUGGGGUUGAUGAUGACUCUCAUUCACAAACUUAUGAUUCAAGCAACUCUGGCACUAAUAAUACUACUUCUGCACCAACAACACCCAGCUCCAGUGCUACUGCAGAAGUAGACCCCCGAGGGAAACGACCAAUGCAAGGUUAG